CUGAACAUGUACGUGUGCAAGCACGCAGGCACCCACGAACCCAGUCGCCCAUGCAUGCAAGCACUCAGGCACCCGCUUACACACAUAGGAGGCCAAACACGCAGCCACGCACACACACACGCUGCCACGAACGCACGCAUACACACACGCAUGCACACACGCACGCAAGCACAUACGUAGACACGCACCCAUGCACGCAUUCGGGCACCCACAGAUGCACGCGGACGUCCACGAGAGUACGCAUGCGCACACAACACACGCACACAAGCGCGCACUCACCGCGCACGCAUGCGCACAUAAGAACCCAUACUCCUGGGCACCACGUCUACCGUUGCGCAGAAACAGCUGAUCGCGGAAACCAGUUGAGGUGCCGAUUCCUCAUCAGCCGUUUGGUAAAAGGACUGUCUUCGGUGAAAGUAGUGUAACCACCUAAAUAAGGAUUAUCUUUCAUCUUCCACUUAGUGAGCAGAAAUGAGUGAACAAGCAGAAAAGAGCAGUUCCGUGCGAGAGAGACCUGCACGUCAGAGUUCUCCUGAGAAACCAAGUGAGAAGGAACUGAAGCAAAUGAAAUGGUUGGAUCGGCAGUUAAAACGGUUGUCAUUUCAAAAUCCUGGGCCUCAGGUAGCCAACUUUAAUCCCGAAAUAAGGCAGCAGAUCAAGAAAGGGCAAAUGGCAAAGAAGAAUGAGUUUGUUUCUGUAAAACGCAAAGUCAACAAGUAUGACAAAAAGGGCAGGCUCACCUUCAAUAAGGCUGACCUGUGUGACUGCCUUGAUGAAGGCUGCAUGGGUUGCUUCUACCCGUGCCCCAAGUGUAACUCCACCAAGUGCGGGCCCACUUGCCGCCGCAACCGCCGCUGGGCCUACGACACCAUAGUCGAUGAGAAUGGGGAGGUCAUCAGAAAGAUGCCAUUCGACCUCUCCGACUAGGUGCAGCCCUCCGGGCUGAUCCAUUUUCUCUGCUUUGCAGUUAAACCAGCCUCUUUCUCCUGGGUGAAUUUUAGGAAUGGGGGAAAAAAGUUUUAAAAAUAUAAUUUAGUUAGUGUUCUCUGAAGCCAGUAAAGCGUC